CGCCGCCAGCAGGCCGCGGCUGGCGAGGCGAGCGGCGCGCCACCUGGGCAGAAUGAUUACUUUUUUCACCCGUCGUCUGCUGCCCCUCCUGUGCUGGAUGACUGGUGCGGGUGGAACGCGGCUCUGUUAGCCUUGUGGUGGUUGCGGGUUCGUGCUCCGGCCGUUAGCUUCGUUCUGGUUGUGCUAGUCGACGCUGUACUACGCAGCCGAGGUGUGUGCCCGAACGCUGCUGGGAUGCGCAAUGAACGGAGCAGCUUCUCCCGUCCGUUCGAUGGCGCGCCCCUCGCAGCGGCGCGGAGAGCCAGCCUCCGACGCCCCUAGGAUCGUUUCCAUGCGCAACAAGCGGAAUCCGCGUUUUUGCGGCGGCCUCGAUCACGGCACCGGUGACGCAAGUCUGUGCAAAGAAACAAGCUAACGGCACAAGGGUUGACAUCCGGGCCAAUUGGUACAUAGUUCAAAGAAAAAAGCAGUCACAAGCGACAAAGGACAAGCAGAUAUGUUCGCACCACAAGGGCUGGACUAUCAACUGAGGAUCUAGCUUGUAUGUUGGACUCCCGGCGUAUUCUUGCGUCCCUUCUGCACUUCGACACGGCACCACUGUACUGUUGGACUACGGCAAGGUGGAAUUAAUGGCAUCACUUCAGUUGCGUAAAUGCGCCCCGUCCCUGGAGGACUCCACAUGAAUGACAGUGAUGCUCCCGGCGGACUCCGACGACGCGCUGCCCAGCGCGGCGCGGCUGGCCGAGGCGCUCGUGCUACUGGUGAUCUGUGUGAGCGUGGUGGCGGCCAACGUGCUCGUGAUCGCCACCCUGCUGCACAGCACGCGCCAGGUGCUGGACUACUACCUGCUCUCGCUGGCCGUGGCAGACCUGCUGUGCGGUGUGCUUGUGGUGCCGCUAUCGGUGUACCCGGCCAUCGUCCAAGACUGGGUCUACGGGGACUUCGUGUGCCGCCUCAGUGGCUACGUGGCCCUGACGCUCUGGAGCGUCUCCAUCUACAGCUUCAUGUGGCUCUCUGUAGACAGAUACCUGGCCAUACGCAAGCCGCUCAGGUACGACGCCAUCCAGACGCGGACACGGUGCCAGUGCUGGAUGCUGUUCACGUGGAUGACGUCCAUGUUCAUGUACUGCCCGCCGCUGUUCGGCUUCUCUAGCGGACACUUCUACCGGGAUGCGUACAUCUGCAUGCUGGACCUUUCCAGCAUCCUUCCGUACACGCUCACACUGGCGCUGCUGGUCCUGCUGCCCAGCGUUCUCACCGUCGUGUACACCUACUACUUCAUCUUCAACACGAUGCGCAAAAUGCGCCGGUGCCUCAGCAAGGAGGAAAAAGAGUACGCCACCGCCAUUGGCGAGCACCUGUCAAAUCCCGACCACGUCAUGUCCUUCGUCAUCAUUGUGCUCUUUUGGGUCUCGUGGAUGCCGUGGAUAGGCCUACAGGUCUACGAAAAACUUGGUGGCGUCAAACUCAGGUUUCACGCGUUACAUUUUGGCCUUCUCUGGCUGGGCGUCCUGGACUGCUUGUGGAAGCCGCUCAUCUACGUGGCCAUGAGCCCGAAGUUCCGGCUCGGCGUGCAGCUGCUGUUCGUGUCCGUGUGCUGCCGCCACAAGGCGCCGCAGCAACUCGUGGUCUAAGGGGCGCACUGGUUUGCGCGCCUCUUCUUCGGUGUCGCCUUUCGUGUUAUUGGAGUACUUCGCAAAAUGCGAUUGAAAAAGAUGACUCAACAUCUCACUCGGCGUUAGCUCUUGUUAGCACAUCUGUUUCAUUCCGCCCCGGAAAGGUUGCUGCUACAGGUACUUAGAAAAAGAUUAAAUUGUGUCUCACCAGACAGUCACAUUCUCCAACUUUUGAGAAAUAAUUGCGCAUUGCGCCGUUUGUCCCAUCCGGAAGAUCAAGGAAUGCCUACAUACUUGCACUCAUGAUUCCUUCUGACGCUGCCACUUCACAAGUGUCCAGAAGCAUCGUAGAAGCUUGAGGCAAAAGUGUAAGUUUCUAGGCUGAUUUGAAUGAUGGUUCGAGCUGCUCUGCAGUAUUUGAAAACACCCCGCUGAAGAAAAACAGUGCUUGAGGGGAGACAAAAAUGGCGCUAUUUAUUAUCGGAGACAAUUUGUUAAGUGAUUCACGAGACAUUGAUGGCGAGAUAUAGGCACAAAAUUUCGGGUUGUGGGUUUACCUAUAGACGAUGGUCCUUGCUGUGCCUGCAUAGAUAAGCGAGCAAAAGCUCUAUUCGCGAUGUCCCGUUGCCUGCCGAAACGUGCGUGCAUUACAGAAAGCUCCGCCGUUGGGGAGGAUUCCCGCGUCCAGUAUCAUCAGGCAACGUGCGCAUCUCCGUCGUACCAGGCUUUCUUUUUCGACAUAACCUAUGCGGCUGGCUUCAGUAAUAAUGAGCAGAAUAGCGCAUCGGUGUCUGGCAAACAGGUCGCUAACAUAUUGCUACAUUGUUGAACGAUAAAUAAAGGUUCAUUCAGAAACUGCCAACAAAGCAUAACGCGACAGUAAAGAUUGAGGAUAGGCUAGACUCGAAACCGUGCGUUCCUCCUCGCAACGCUCCCAGCAUCGUGACAUUGACUUCCGGAAGACUCGCCUACUGGACGCCGUCGUUUGUCACACAUUAACCGUCGUCGCAAGGGUGAAACUUCGCUUCUAAAGCAUAGCAAACGUACAGACGAGGCUGAUUCGCUUUCUCUGGCGCUCUGAUCGAGCGCCAGGGAAACGGCCUAGUAUCACCUUUCUCACUACUGCGCUGGUUUUCCACAAUUUUGACGCGUCUGCUAAACUACUAUCCGCAUUGAUGUUUGUGGCUACGAAAAUGGCGCCGUUUAUAACCCAGUGUCACCGUAACAAGGAGCGAGUUGGUGCGUACCCUAUAGCCGGACCCUUUCCACAGCCGAACGCAGUUUUCAAUUGCCCAAAGCAUCUGUCUACACUCGUCUGGGUAUUCCCAACUUACUCGGUCCACCCGAUCACAAAGCUUUUUUUGGCUUGCGAUUCCGAAAACAUCAGAGGUUGCCUGAGUCACUGGACCCUACGUUUAUAAGAACUCACCUACACUGUCUAGCAUAUAACACCAGGACGCCAACUGUUUGUCUCCUGGUACCCCCUGAAUGACGAAACAUUUUUACUAUAUUUUAUCGCUCUCCGCCGCAUUCUUGGCCAGCCACGGCGUGGUAGGUCCUUACGAGAAGUACCUGCACGCUUAGUAUUUUCCUCCUCAUAUCCCUAGAAUCUCCAGCAGCUGCUGAACGUCAUCCUCUCUCGGGCGACAACGUUCCCACUGCUGGCCACCUUAGCGUAUUAGCGUAUGCCGUGUUGGCUUUUUUCUCCUCGGCUCUUUCGCCCUAUCGAGUUCUGGAAUAGAUUAGCCCAGGUGAUUCCAACAGCUAUGCAUGACAAACGGAGUCCGAGUAGCUGCGCAGCGGAAGUCGCCGAGCUGCUUAUGCUAGGCAUAAUUUUACAUAGCACCGCUAGUCGCCAGAUUCUUGCUGACACGGUUCGCUGCUGCAAAGACAUACUUUGGUCUUAUUUCACAAAGGUUAAGCGUCUAAUUGCGUACCAGCCUUUAACGAACGGCCCAACCCCUAAAUGGAUCAAUCGCUGAUGUGAUUUCUAUGUAUGUUCCGUCUGAACAUCGCGACUGGGGCACUGCCUUGCGUAUGGCGACGAGACUACAGCACUGGUUUCUCUGCUUAGACCUGAAUCGAGGCUGCCUCUCGAAACACUUCUUCCAGCCACUAUCUGGUCUCCGCUUUAGCAGAAAUCAGAUGGGCCGCUGUUGCGUCACGGUGACAUCGGGGCGCCCCACAGUGUCGCUCUGGCCCUGCGCGUUGUCCUCGCCCUGUUCCGGCCCUCGCCGCGUUUAGCCACGCGCCUGAGGCCAUAGCAUUCGAUAACUUCCUAGACGACGCAGAAUGAGCGCUUUCAGUGGUCAAUGACACGGUGCUGCUUGCACUGUGACUGCGAUGGCUGCAUUCGUUGAGAGGAGGAAGGAAGACUCUGCAAAGUUUAUUAGAACACGCCAUCUUGACUCUGCCAUAGGUACUUCAUAAAUUGAUCGUAAAUAUGUUUUUGGUUUCACUUCAUUUUUAACAAAGUCGUUCUGGCUGUUGUCAUCACUGUUAGCCUGUCAUAGCAAGGCAUUUUCACUACCAACUACUGAAAGGCUGCGUAACAAAGUAAAUGAUAAGAAAAAAAUACGAAGGCUUUAUUAAAAGACACUGUUUUCUUGUUGCAAGAAAAAAGUUAGGUUGUUUUAAAGUCCUUACUGCUACGUUUAAGAACCUAAAAACUACUCAGGCAACGUGUAAGAACCUAAAAACUACAGAGGCAGCACGCAUGGGGACGCAAACUAGUCGGCUCCCUUCAACUCUUGACACUCACUAAAUGAACUCAAGGGCAGCCUGCAGAAAGAUUUGUGCUUCACUAAAACGAGGCUUUUUAGCUUUUUCUACACCCACACUACUAUACUGGCGCACACCAAUCUCGUAACGAAGUGAAUUCUUGGUCUGCCUACAUGCAGUGUGGAAGACGGUCAGCGGCCGUUCAGAACACGAACACUUGAGAAUCAUGACCUUCCCCUUUUGUUUGUCAAAGAAAAUGGAGGAGUGAGUAUGUGGAUCACUAGUAGGUCACAAGAAACAAAGACAAACUCUGCGAUAAAUGUAACUUUUAGAUUCGCGCAAAUAUGUUCUAAACGAAUUGGAAAUGCCUUCAUACCGUCACCCUGUGUUUUAACGUUACGUAAUAUUUGAGCCUAUGUUAACGGCAGUAAUAUUUACCAUGUCUGUUGACGUCAUAGUUCCGAUCGCUACUGUUGCAUUUGUGUGUAUGUAAAAUUUUGGCAUCAAUCGACGGUGUUCUGCUUAGGUAACUGAGGCAUUCUAAAAGUUGGAGUUGUAGCCUGGCAGGGUGCAAAGUUUUAUUUUUGAUAGCUGUUUUGUUUCACCGGAGGGGUUUAUUCGCGAAGAAUUCCUGCACAAAGAUUAUUUUUCUGUAAGCUGCAAGCGCAAUUGAAAAGCAUUCUUCCAAAUGUGCAUUUAGAUAUGUAUUGAUGGUCGUGGGGUUGAACAGUGACCACGAGAAAGAAGGCACUGUCGGUACAGCUGAAAAAUUGGCACUUGGUGAGGCUGGAUCGGAACUUAAGUGAUUCUGCAGUGGCCAAACGAAGUGUCCUGCGCUCAAGGUUGGACAUUCGCAAACGCUCAAACUGAUUUUACUGAUUAGACCCAAGCGGCGGCAGCGCCGUCGGCUCCGUAACUAAGCAAUUAGCCGGAAGUAACCAUACGCGCGGUCUAAGCGGUAUGUCCUCACGAGCCUAUUUUAUGAAUGCUUCCCACGAGAAUGCGCACGACUCUCUCACGCUCUCAGAAGGAGAUUGAAGCGAUGCACGUAAUCGUCAGCCAGCAAUUAACAAAACGCAAAUCAAAUAUAGCCUAUUUUUCGUUUAGUGUAGACCCUUCUUAUCAUUAAACUCUUGGUAUUCACAACAUUAGAAAGUAUCUGUCAUUGUAGUGCGCAUUACAAGCACGUUUUAUUCAAAACACAAAAGGAAGUUUGCGGACAAGUAAGCAGCUUUCCCGCAGUCUCGUGGAUUUUACGUGGUCAUGCAUUAACACAAAGUUUAUAAAGGCAGCCUUGUGGGCUAAUCACUAUCUGUGUAGAUUUGUAUGACCACACUAGGAAUGCGUGGCGUGCACGGAAAUGGCAGAGCGAAAAAAAUGCACUUAGUUCCAAUGAUGGAGGCAGAUGGCGCAAAUGUUGUAUCAACGAUGUUGCGAUGAAACAUAUUCAGGUUUAAUUGCACGACAGGGCACAGGGGGAUGCUCGUCUAAAUAGUACCGAAAAAUACGCACUGCUGAGUGCCAGGUCUAAACAAAAUGUUAUUGCGAGUUAAUGUUGUUUAGCAGUAAAAGCGUGGCUCCCUGAGGACCGAAGCGGUGCUCUAUACUCGCGCACAAGUUUCGGUGGCAAUAAAGGGUACGGGCGCGUGGCACACGUGUUACAGCGCCAAGUAGUUCGGCAGUGCUUUUGUUGCUCGGAACAGACGCUGAAUCGGCGCAGCUUCCACGUGCCACGGUUUCGCGUUUCCCCAGACGCGGACGGUAAAAGCCGCAAAAUAAGGAAACCAUUGCACCGAGAGGUGUGUUCUCUCUUAUAAAACUGUUUCUAAUAAGGUGUUUAUGUUUUCUCUUCCCCAGCCCAAAAUAACGUGCAUUAAAACGCGGGACUCUUUUCAGAAACGCCCUCACUUGUGCGUGCUUUGCCUCCGUAGCUUUCCCUUCACAGCCGCAGAGAUUUGUCCGCGAGUAUAGUAUACGUUUAUGUCCACUGUGGAGGCCAUGAAAUUCGCGAGAUUAUUGCUUCAUUAUCAUCUUUGAUUUUGCACAGUCAACGACGUGAAGUAUUCGAAAAAAUAUUCGGAUUUUCGAAUAGUGACUACUCGAUGCGAGGUCCGAGUGGAAGAAUAUUCUAUUCGUUAUACCCGUGCUAACAUGCAUCACGCGGACUUUUUUACUCUAUAAAAAUAAUAUGAUUGUCUCCAAGAAACGUGGCUCUCACUUACAUGCAGUAGAGUAGGCUGGCAGAAUAGACAGUUCAUUGAUUUCUAACUGUCAAAUGGUGCAUAUAAAUCUCCUACCGUACGUUUUCCGAUGGGUUUUCGCGAAAACCAUUCCUGUGGCACAUGCAGCAGUUACAGUAGAGAUAUACGAGCACGACAAUAGCGUGAGUUCCUGUGAGAAAAGAAGGAACACUUUUGCGUGGUCCUUCCCGUUGGGCCAAUUUGAAUUUUGAGAAAGAAAAUUUCUUGGUAAAGAAAGAAACUUAAUGAAUGGCUUACGAGCUGUUUGGUUUAUUUGACACGCAUUCGCCGCUUUUUCCCACAACACGUGCGAUUAGUCAAUGUAUUCUUUCGCUACUACGUUGUUCUGUGUAGUGAGCUGGGGAAACACGUAGUUUACUCGAUUUUCUAUGUUCCACAGUCAAACAGAAAUAAAAGUUGCCGCACUGAAUAUUUAAAAAGAAACAUACCAAUGUGGGGCAUGCGCCGCCACGAAGGGGAGCCCUACAUUUCGCAGCUUUUGAUUGCUCUUGGAGCAAUCGUCUGGGCACGAACAUGGACGGCAGUUUUUAACGCACGGCGCAAUUGUAAGCAACGAUCACUAAAGAAGAGAAUAAAAACGCACUAGUUCGUACAUCGCCCCACAAUAUCACUUGCGAAAAAUGCCUAACGCUGUACUAACUAUGUUUUGAGUACGUUAGACUCUUAAUUUGAUUGGGCGGUCGAACACACCCCACCAGCGUUGCGCAUAGUAAUAGGGCUCUAGUCUAGCUUUUGUUGUUUACAGAAAAAGCACUGUGCUCACCGUGUUUACGAAGUCUGGCAAGAUUGUGCGGAGAAAAAAAUAAGUGCCACUAAUUAAGUGGUAAUUACGAACUUACCGGAAUCUUAGGAUAUCGUACAGACUGGAGGAAGGCAUCUUUACGGAACGUGUCGUCUUUGCAAAGGCCAGCACUUUUAGGCACCAUAGGCAUGCAGGCUGAAUUGUAGAUAUUUCAGCAUAAGGCACAUUAUUGAUACAACAUUUCACGCUAUCAUAGGUUUUUAGGUUAACAGAAGCAAGGACAGGUGAUAUUUCGCCAAUAUUCAUGGUUUUUGGGUACCACUUUGUGAACCGUUCAAUUCCAUUGAGAGAACCUCACGUCACGCUGCAAAAAUGACGAUCAUGGAAUAUAUAGAAGUAUGCAUGAAAAGAAAUGCAGUCAGCCCCUUAUUCUCGGAGCCGUCUCUGAAAAAUGUUGCAUUUAACUGUGGUACAUUUUUCUCAUGUAUGGUAUUUAUUACAGUCAAAGUAAAAUUGUACACUCGGACUUCAUAUGCAGUAUAUGGCACUUGAAUGGUGGUAAAAGUAUGCGCAAAUAAUAAGGUGUAUAACUAUAAACAAAGUGUGUAAUGUAUUUGUAGUAAGAUCGAGGCAAUGAGAGACGGUUGAUCACGAACUGUUUCCGUUCGAAGUCUGUUUAGUCAUACAUCUCAACGAUCAUUGGACUAACUAUUGAUUGAGCGUUAACAAAGCAGAGGCGCUAUAACGUUUCCAAACUGUUCUAUUCCAAUUGUGCCAUCAGCCCUCCACGAUAGGUAAACAAAUUUUCGAACCGCCACCCACUACGCCUGUCUGUCACGCGACAUCACGAAAACCGCGAAAACGCCCCACCUGAUAUGAUAUGUGCAUACUGAUUAUGCAUGAUUAGAGUGAACAAAACAUAAAUAAUAAUUUCUGAUUCGAUGCCUUUUUCACCAUUAGCGAAAAAGGGCGUCGUUUGACAAAUUGCUAUUGGUCAAAGGUUUUCGGGUUACGCGCACAAAACCACGAAAACUCACACGUCAGAGUGACGUGUACGCGUCGAAGACAUUAAUAUGCCGAAGAAAACUGAAAGUUUUUAUCAAUAGCCCCAGACUGCCCCGUUCCAAAAAGAAUAGAAGAUGGCUGCCAGCCGAUCGCUGUGGCACUGGCCACGCGGAGCUGCCGGGCAGCAUGCAUUUAUUCGCGAAUAAUAAAACAUUUUGCGGGGUAGUAUAAGGUUAUCAAGACCUUUCAGCACGUCUAUGAUAUCGCUCUGCCAACUGUGCUGAGGAUCCGUUUUAACAACAUUUGUAACCUUCCGUUGCACACCGUGCGAAUUUUCACCAGCCACCGCAAGCUAAGUAAGGGAAGCGGACCAAUCGCAGACGCCGGCAUCACGCUCUUCAUCUGGUUAUAUAUUUUCACGGCGCUAGCUCGGCCCAUGGAAACUCUCUGCACUUGAGCGUGCUCUUCGCCUCUUCUAAGCCAAUUAGAUAAGAAAAACUUGUCAAUGUAGGCAAUGCUGUGCGCAUUGUAAGCAAAAGAAAUUGACAUUACAUAAGCGAGAAGCACGUUUGAUGGAGCUUUUCAAACAAGCUCUGGGUGACCACCCGAUGCUUGCGUCAGUGGUUACGUAAAUUUGACUUCACGAAAUUGGAAUAAAAGCAGAUUGGAACAGUUUUACGUUAUACGGCCCCAGGAGUGGCUAUCGAGGUGAAGCGAGUGACUGGCAAUCAAUAAUGGUCCAGAACAGUUCCAUCUCAGACAGUGCCGGACGCGUGAUUGCUGUAGCGUGCAGCUUAAGAAUGCCGACGGCACGACAUGAUAGUGUGUCGUCUGCUUCCCGUCCUGCCCAAUACUCUGCGCUACAGUGAACGAGAAGCGACUCAAAGCGAACCAUGUUGAGCGCUGCGAGCCACAAAGAAACCACAGUAUCGCCAAUAGCCGUUCCUGUGCUCACGUUGCCUCAAGCAAGCAAGUAUUUGCACAUUCCAAUGCAAGGAACACGCGCGUCAGCGUUUACUCUCUCGCCUUCGUCUCCUCACACUCUGUUUAUGCUUCCUCGAAAGUAUUUCGUUGACGUUGUAGCUAGAACCGAGUGUACCGCGGCGGUAUCAGCGCGGUUCAUGACGAGGGGGCGUCGUUCGCUUCUAUACCCCUGUCAGGCGGGCAAGUUUAGUGCGAGCGGAUGGACUGGCAGGCUGUAACUCAUUUCGCUGCGUAACAGUGUAGAGCCUCGAUAGGAGUUGUUCAAGAUGAAUCAAUACUGGAUCCAGAUUCGGUCUAAUACGGAAUCCACGUUUUUGUAAUGUUGAGUGUUAGAGGCGCUCCUGUAUCAGCAUGCAUUAUUCUUCGGCCAACGAGGGUCACGCUGUUGUCCAGGCGCUGAUGCUGGGCCGCUCUUCCGAACGCGCAGCCCGCCGCUCGGGUGUUGCAUGCGAUUCCGUGUCGCCUUUGCUCGUGACAAUUCACUGGGGUAAUAUCGUAUUUAAAACAUUGCCGAAAAUAACAAAGAUGUUUUCUGUUAUUUACCUAUAGACACUAUCAGGAAUUGUAAAUCACCAAAUCACUAAAAGCAGCGUCACUAAGUUGCCACUGUUGCAUGUACCCACCUAAGGUACAUAGAAUAUGACAAAAAACAGCGUAUCAUCAGAAUUAGCUGGCACGGAGCAUACCCGACAUCUUGGGAAAGGAACUUUCUCUCACCUCGGGGCGGCUAUCUUUUGCAUUCAAUGCAACACAUCGAGUUGUGCCACAAUCACCACAGCUAUCACACCCGUGCGCAAAUCGAGGGAAGCAUACUGCAUGAACCAAAAAGCCCGUUUGAGCGAGACGCGGAUAUUGCUGUAUGACUGGCGGACAAUCUCGUUAAAUUUUCGGCUGGAACAGAAUGUGUACCUUUUAUUCGCCAAAGCACACACUUCUGUUUAUUAGACAUUUGUCCACACCUCCAUACUUGUGCAGUGUGAAGCGCUCCUUAAAUUUGAUGAUCUGGAUUCUUCCUCUCCAGGUCCCAUGAGGUCAUCUCAGUGGUUCGUAGUUCUCGGUUACAGGAAGGUUCACGCACGUGUUGCAGGUACUUCGGCGCACUCGGAGGUGCCCUUGUACAUUCGAGCGACUAAGAGAGGUGCAUGAUCACAUCGGGACUGACUGACAUAUUUUGUGAUCGGCAACUGUUUCAUUUGCCAGCUGGAGCUGUGAUAGUAUACAAGGCAUUACAAAAGCAUUAUAGAAAAUUAGGUCCAAGUAGUCCCGCAGGUUUCAUUAUUCCCGUCUUUUCCUAGUUCACCCUGCUAUGAAUCAUUUAUAUCUGAACCAUCUAGGCGAUGGAAGAAGACCUUAUAAACUACAAUUUAGCACAUAUAUGUAUCUCGGCACCUCAACGCAACCAAUCAGUCUCCGGUCAUGCUGCUCAGCGCGUUUAGAGCAUGUCCAAAAGAGGCUCAUUGGAGGCACAUUGUUAGCCGACUAUAGGCAGGCGCUAAUAAAAUAAAAAAUGCCAUAGGUUCAAAGCGUGGAGCGCGCUGAAUGACAUUAUGAAAUCUGGGGCACGUACUUGCUAGGCGAAUGAAAAUCAUGAAGGGGAGCGGUGAUGCGGGCAAAUUUCACGGAACACAGGCAAUCGUCACGUGAAUAAUGGUGGUUGCAACGCUCGCUUCCUAUAGGCAUUGCCAUGGCUAAAAUGAGGACGUCAAAGCACGUCUUUUGCUUCGCAUCGGCGCAUAACUCUCGCUCGCAGCCCAGGUAAUGGCGACGCUCAUUCGCUUCUCACUAGCAUGCUUCUUUUGCCACUGAAUGAGACGGCCUCAACAGGUGCCCUUUGUGGACACCGCGUGAUGGGCAGCUGGUGUAUGCACGGGUAGUAAGAGAGAUUCGCGCAAAUCAUUCUAACCGGCCCAUUUGCGUCACUAAGAGGCUUGAAAGUCAAGGAAGGGAUGUUUUUCUUCAUUUCCUCAAAGGCCAUGCUGUGAGGCUAACGGGCCAGUGGUUUCAGAUGAACAGUCUGAAGGAAUAAACGAAAAAGCCUAGACAGGGGGAACAAAACAGACAUGGUAAGGAAGGACGUUACCGUUUCGAUUUUGCCGUUAGACUUAGCGCGCACUAACACUGGGUUCACCAGAACUUUUGCGUUGACAUCUCUCAUCUACAUCAUGCUGGUUGGAACAAAACGCUUCAAAACGGUAGCAGGAAACACGAAAACUUGCGCUGUGCAUUGUCUGCUUUCAGUUUGACACUGCAGAAGGUGACGGAGACCGAGGUCACUGCUCCGAGGUGGUUGGUUAAAAGACCGUUACUUGUUCCGUUUCUUCAAACCGGAAUGGAGUAAAAUUAACAGAGCCUAAAUCGUUUGUUCGUUGCCCUUAUUUGGACACCACUGACUUCAACUGCCUGUGGGUAAUUGCUUCCUCUCCUGCGUUUAGUCGUUGCAUCGGUUGUGUGAGUGGUGCUUCGCCUUGUGAGGACAUUCUAGUGAACAGUUUUUUUCCCCUAAACAACAAUGAGAGCAAGAGCUUCUUAUAUGCAAGUAAAACUUAUGAAAGGAACCUUUCCGGUGCAAUUUUUGGACAGUGAGGGCACUAUGAUAAUAAUAUGCUCGCUAAAUUAUACGUAUAUUAUUAUACAUUCGAUUCCACACUUUUGAGUUAACCUGGAGAGCUGAAGGCCUUUGUUUUACUCUUUCGGGACUUGCACAAUAUAUUCGUAUGGGACAUUAUAAACAAAGCUACGUGGUCACGAGUGGGAGUCAGUCUUGAACCUGGUUCCUGCUCCUUGAAGUGAUGGAGCAGGCGGCAGGUCAGCCUUUCGUUAAGGCCGAGCGAGCCGCGUUUUCCAGGGUUCACAUGUGAACAAGGCAGCGAGAAUGUCGCAUUUCCGCUCGAUCUCUGCGUCGAUUUUUGCUACCAAACUCGCCGUCAUCGAAAACUUGGUGUUUUAAACAUAAUCCUCUGGUUCUCGUUGGCAACAGGGGCUAAAAUGUUGCAAAACCUUCUUCUUGCGCAAACCACGUGUGUGUGUGUACGUGUGUGUUAUCCCGGGACAGUGUAGCAAAAACAAAAAAAAAAGCCCGGUAUGAGCAUAGCACCUUAUGAAGGUGUAUCAGUAUUGCAACUACAUAGAGUGGUGUAUUUUAUGCAGUGGGCAUAAAGUAGGCUGAUGAUGAUUAUUAUUAUUUCCAUUUUUAAUUGACUGUUUUUGAAUGCGUGUGGUGUGUCUGGGAAAUUGCUGUGCGGGUGAUAUCUGUAUAUCCUGCACUGUGAGAGCAAAGGACAUUCAAGACUGUGACACUCGCUGCAGCCACAAUCGUCUAGUUUUUUUCUUGGAACUUUGUACGCCUACAAUGUUCACUUCUCUGGUUGUGACACCAAUAGAAAACUGUGUGUACAAACGAGGUCCGAACAACGCUGUACGUACAGUGGAGGUUGAGAAGAGCUAUGUGAUACACAACUUUACGAAAGAUAGCUGUCGAGAAAGGCAGCGUCUUUAUCGGUGUUACACUCACAUGUUGUCGAUUUCGGGGGGCCUUGACGCCAUCGAGUUCGCCCCGAAAAAAAGUUCGUUUCAGUAACCUUGCAAAACUAAAAGCAUUCGGGAGCCCUAAUGUUUCAGGAAGUGAAAGGAAUACCAGAAGGUAAUACGUUGUUUUGGGUAAUAAAGACAUUCCAAAGCGUCAAAACGUUCAACCAAAAAGCUGUCUUUCGGACUCUAUCUAGUUUGCUCCAGUCAUUAGUUCAUAUUGAGACUCACGCUGCAAGUUGUCUUUGGCAUCACAGCAUGACUCCCCGUAGACCAGGUUACAUUCGACUGGUUUGGUCGACGGAGAGUCGAUGGCCAGUGAUAACACGUAGACCAUGACGGUGUCACUGAAGAGGCGUUCCGCACUGUCGUCCACUUCAUGUUGAGUGGCCUAACGAAUUUUUCCAUAGCACAAGAAAGUGUGCAAUGUUUACCGCUAGCGUAAGCGUACUUCGGUUGUUGGCAUAUAAUGAGUUUUCCUUCGAGAAACACUGCAGCGCUUGUUUCACUAUGACCACAAGUCAUAGAAGCUGUUUUUAACGCAAUGCGCCGUCAGAUCAAACGCCAUGUCGUGUCAUGCCUCUGAAUUGUAACCAACCUUGCAAGGUACAAGAAUUUACGAGCGGGCGGCGUGCAAUAUAUACUCGCCCACCGUACCCUCAAAGAGCGAAAUGAUUUCUUUUAGUAUCUGUCAUAUAAAUUUGCCACAACGUCCACCCUGAACGAAAUAAGUGGUUCAAGGAAGAAAAAGCACCUUCUUCAUCUUGUUUAUGAGUUCUUUCCAUCAGUAGUAGCCAACAGCGUCAUCCCUGUGCUUGUAAAAUAUAAGGACUGCUUUUGCCCGGCAAUCCUGUUUUUUUUGGGGGGGGGCUCUUGGAUGUCUACAUCGUGCGUCUCUGGUGCUAAGGCGACUGUCACGCGGAUCGCGAAAAUAGAAAAAGGUUAAGCUUGGAGACACUGACUGCUGCAGGAAGCACAAUUAUAAUGCCACGAGAGAGUAACUUAACACCCUUCAUUGCAGUGUAGUGCUGCGUAACCCGCACAUGAAAGAGUUUCUAUGUGUUAAUUUAUACUGCCCCAUUUUAAAGGGCAAUGAUAUUUCUUCUGUAACGAAGGCUCAUCUGCACUUAUCGGGCAUGGAAUUGUGCAGCUUUAGGAUCCUCAGUCAGAUUCUAAAUUUUGUAAGCCUUUGCGGUACACAGCUUACUUACUGCAUUGUGCAACAAAGAUGAAAGGAUGAAAGGGCCGAGAGUAAAAGCUAUGUCGAGCUUGACGGGCCGUCAACCAAUAGAAGAACGUUGCUAACUUUUCCGAACACGGCCAGAAACAUCCGUUGAGUCCGCAUUGUUGAAUUCCAAUCGAACUUUCUGUUGUUUUUGAACAAUUGAAACAGUGUUGCACUUCCGCUUACAUCUGAAACAUUCUCGAGACCUCAAGCGAAUUCUAUGAGAUCUGGCACAUUCACCUGUAUAUUUCAAUGCUGCAGAGUGCACGGCAUUGUGUGUGGGUAGCAGCGGUUCCAGUCUCGUUUUUUUUUUCACUAAGAAAUAGCGUGAUUGCGGCGUGACCGGAACGCUGGAGCCCUCAUACGCUGCAGAUCUGUUUGGUCUCUAAACAUGAAGGCAAGUUGCAACCCGCGAAGGCAGAAAUUUGGUCAUUAUCACGUCUCUAUUGAUGAGUUUCGGGCUUCUGUUUCAUUCAAAACGCGUGCCUCUGAAGUCCACUGUCUUGUUUAGCAAUUCACAAGCUGAGUGAAAUCAUUUAGCAAAAUGAAUAGAACAGGGUGGACUAGCUUGGGUCCACUUGCUAACCGGUCACUGGUUUCCAGGAUGAUGUAACAAGAGGAAAAUCUGGCUCCAGACUGGAACGGGAGCUAUUGGUGUAGUACGCGGAUUGUAGCAUAAUUUGUCUGAUUUGUCAUAAUUUUUGAUUUUUCUGAGGCGGAACUGCGUGUGCUGUGCCUCGCCACAUUUCCCCAGAGUGAAGACUUUCGCGUUAGUAAAUUUGAGAUGUCGUUUCCAAGGAAAGGAGUAACAAAAGAAAAAUAUGCCCAACAAAAGUGAAUUUUCUUCUGAAUAUCCGCAGGCUGCCGCAUUCCGGAAGGCAUAAAAGAUGGCUGCCGCCUAUCGCUCAGGCACUGGCUACUCGCACCUGCCCGGAGAUCAUGGGUUUAUGUGCGUGUAAUAAAGCUUUUUGCGUGGUCGUGUAAUGUUUUCGAGCAUUUCGGCACGUUUACGACCUCGUUCUGCCAACUCUUCUUUGCGGAGGAUCCGGUUUAGCGUCAUUCUUAAGCUUCCGUUGCAUGCCGCCUCGAUUUCCCACCAGCCACCGCAAGCUAAGUAAGGAAAGGCGCACCAAUCGCAGACGCCGGCGCCACCCUCUUCAUCCGGUUAUCGAUAUUCAGUGCAGUGACUCGGCCCCAUCGAUUCCCUGUCGACUUGAGCCUGCUCCUCGCCUCUUGUCAGCCAAUUAGAUAAGACAAGCCGCUCAGUGCAGGCAAUGUUAUUCGUUUUUCAAGCAAACCAAAGUGACCUCCUGUGAACGAGGAGAGCAUUUGAUUGGUCUGUUCAGAUUGGUCUGUUCUGCGGGUGACCGCCCGAUGAUUGCGUCGUCGGUUACGCAAAUUUGACGUCAGGAGCUUGGAAUAAAAACAUAUUGGAGUAGUUUUACGUUAGAGCGCCCCUGUUGUCAUUGCAUUCCAGGAACUUUAUUCCUACGAUGCGUCAAAACAAAAAGAAAUAUCCAGCUGAAUCAGAAAUGCAAUUCGCCGUAAAUUUUGAAUAUGCAUUUCUUCAAACUGGCGCUAUGGAUAAGCGCAUGCUUUGCGCAAUGGCUGUCUUCAAGUCUGCGAGGCCCCAAAAGGUCAUAGUUAUGGGAUUAUUUAUUUCUUCAUUUACAGGUGCCGUACCUCACAUGCUCUUUACACUGGGGCAUUCAUUCCACUAUUUUCUGUUACAUGCAUCCUCGCAUCGGCCGCUGCGGAUGAUGCGUUGUCGAAAGCAUGUAUCACUCUGUCCUGCGGCACCAUGACGCCUGCAGUAAAAUACUGAGUAAAUAUGCACCGUGUUGGGAAAAGCUUCUGUAAAAAAAUGUGCACCUGCUAUUCGAGGAAGCUAGAUGUUUCUUAGCAAGGCAGACAAGCAGUCAAAACGCAGCUAAUAGUAAUAAGGUAACAAAUAUGGUAAAUUCUUGUGGCAUUUUGAAAAUGUUUCUCCGGAAUCCACUUGUAUGAGUCUGUCUCUACCAAGAAUCACCAGCUAGAAGUGACUGAGUGGUUUUGACUACUGCAGGCAUCCUAGCUCCGCUGGUGCUCAUCUGGCUGUGGUCUGCUUGACCGUAAAGCUUAUUAAAAUCCUCUGUUUGUGGGACACAGUUAUUGACGUCACCGUUGCGUCAUAGGGCGGCACUCGACAUAUCCGUUAGCUGCUCGGUGAGGGAGCGUGCAAAGUUAACCAAAGUGUGAAGAACUUGUGCGCAUGCUUUGAGCGUGAUGGUUUUCCUGUUGUAACAGAGCGAUGUUCCACAGUCUCCGGUACAGUGUAGUAGAACUGUAAAAGGUAUACGUACAUCUGACCCCAACUGCGCGUCUAUCUUUUUUCCGACAAGCGCUCGUGUCCAUUAUGUUCCGAACGCACCUGAAAGGCAGUUAGGUAGAUGGUCUGUAAAGUAGGAGGCCAUGUUCAAAGUACUUACUAUCUGCACGAAGUCGCGCCACCAUGACAGACAUCGCACCCACACAAGCGCCGCAGAAGUGGGGUAAGUGCGCGCUGGGCGUGCACUUAGCGUGCCACUUUCUUCGUGUGUGUGGCCUAUGAAAAACAGCUUUCCUUCAUAAUUUCACAAUGAGACAGCUUUCUCUUCUCGCGUCGCUCCCUAUUGUUUUUAACGGGCUAGCUUACUGUCCAUUUUCUACUGCUUUGUUGCCGAUCUCUUUGAGUACAUGGCAUGUGUAGAAUGUACCAGGAUACACAUGCUUAAUGGAACUCUUCUUAACGUUAUGUCAGACCCUAGAAGCAGUUAGGUGAGCGCCCUUUUUAUCUUGAGUUCUGAAUGGAGAUUUUGCGACAGUAACGCGGCUCAUGAAAGGCCAGAAGCACUGUAGUAGCUGAAUGCUGAAAACGCCUGUUGACUCAAGUAUGUAAAACAUGCCACUUUAAUCUCUUAGGUCGAGCAGGUUACCCCUGACUAGCUCUUGACAUUUUUUUCUUCGGCAAACGAUACGGGUUGAAAACCGAAUAGGUAGACUAACAUCGCUGCAUGCACAAACUGUCCACCAUUUUCCGUCCACUUAUAGGCCAACUGUUAGGUACGAUGCUCAGUGUUGAUAAACAUUUUCAAAGCGUAUCUUAGUUUUAUAGGUUACCUAGCAGUUUUUCUAUGGCCAAGUUGUAAACAAAGAGCUUAACUGUUUGCUUGAAUAUAAGGUUGCUUAUAAUGGGGCAUUCCUUACGUUGACGCGCGCAGAGAAACAUUGGAGAUUGCUAUGCUUUAGAAAUAUAUGAAGUACUAAAUACUUCGAGUAGUCCCGAUGUUCCAGGUCUUGUCAAGUUUUUCAUGAAUUUACUCUCGACCGGCAAAGACCCUGGUUAACUCAGCGGGAGGAUAUCGCGGUUAUGUUGUUGCCUUGGUAAGAUAUCGCUUUCUAGAUUUGCCACAAUGGCCACGUGUAUGCCAACUUUUCAUUUCUACAUCCUUCUAAGAAUCUUGAUUUUUUUUUCUUAACCUUGGUGGCGUGCAGCUUGUAGAAGUUACUUCGUAAAUAUUUCGCUGUGAAUUCAGUUAAAAGGCAGCUGUUUGCUGAUGUGUUCCGACAUCGUCGGUACACUGUGCGAAAGUCUUUCGAAGCAAGUUAACAGUGGUCCACAAUUACUUGCCAGGUAAAAAUUUGGGCAAGACGUAAAUAAAAAAAAUGAGGAGCCUUGCCACUAUGUGAAGGUGAAUGACCAGCGAAGCGGUAGCACAUCAAAGAGGGUUAGACAAGGGUGCAUGUAUUAAUUUUAACCAUUUGGUAAUGGUAGGACGACAACUUUUGAUUACUGUGACAGACGCAGAUUGGGUCGGUUACAAUCCUAGACGUAUUCUUGGCCAAACACAGUGUAUACACGACCGUUGUUGAGUGACUUGGAUUGGUGUGGCACUUGAAACCAAACUCUUCUAGCACAAAUUCAGUGUACCAUUUAUUGUUUGGUUUUGCCACAUUGGAGUCUCCAACGACGAUCACAGGGACAGUGUCAUCACGGCAAAGUGCGUGGUCAUUCUCGAUGUCACACUUGGGUGUGCCUAGAUAUCACAAUUCCAUUUUUCGUUUGGACGGCACAGACAUCCCCACAGUCUCUGGCCUUGUCCUCUUGCGAGUCUGUGCCAGUAGACAACACAUUCAUUUGUUCUUGCGAGUCAAAAGUUGUCCUUUGCGUAUAUGGCAACGCCUCCUGCACGUGACUCCAUGUGCUGUGCAGAACGAUUCCAGUAUUCCUAUCGGCUUGAAACAAUGCAUCUUGAUUGAUUUAUUUCAUUUAUUAUUAUUUCUGUUAUUAAUAUUAGGGGCGGAGUGCUUGCAGGCUGCUUGGCCUGCGCCGCAGGUCGGCCCUGUAUCUAGGAGGUCGGCCCAUGCUCGCCUUUUCUAUCGUUGGCGCACGAACAACACAUGAAACCCUAGCCUUACACAGCUUCGCUGUAAGUAAGCGAUACGUGGUGGAAAACAAGCCAGACAUGCAGAGCGCGGGGGUUUCAUCGGGAGUGAAUGGCCAGGGCGACAUUGCCAGCCUGCUGACGCACAGCGCUUGUUGACGAUACACCUGGCGUCGAACGGAAACGAGCAGACUGCUGACGCGCGCGUUGGCUGUAGUGAAGGUAGCUCCAUUAACUACACUGACCAUUUGUCUUAGUUAAGGACGAUGAGCGUCGUGAGUAAAUUCUAGCUUUCCACUGUCGUACCAUGUGUUACAAAAGUCAUGAGAUCGAAUCACGUGUAUUAAAGCAGUUUGCUGUAGCGCAUGCAUUAAGACGCCCUUUGUUAUGUUAGAUGCAUUUUUUUGCCCCAAGCAUGUGAUGAAGGAAUAGCGGUCUCCUGGAAUAGCAUUUUAUUUUAUGCGCAUCCUUCCUCGUGCGUGCUUUAUACUUUUUUUGCAACAUUUAUCUUACAGGCUACUUGGAUUUGGUGCUAGUUUUUUUUUGUUAUCUGGCUUUUAGUGUGCUUGUCAGCACUCCCUUGGUCUGUAUUAAACGAGGUGUUGAUUUACGUGUCAGCCACCAGCCUGUCUUUCUUUGAAGAAUUUGUUUUUACUCUCCUUCCUGGCGUCCCAUGCAGUGAAGAAAGAUUUCAAGGGUCAUUCUUGUGUCGUCUUCCUUCUCAUGACGUAUGCUACAAUGAAUGUCCACCAGAUAUGGCUAAAAAUAAACUGCUGUUGUCGAAGGCCACCGUUUUCUUUGGGUUGUUACACGGGCGGCCUGAAUCGUGGUUACUGUGGCCGUGGGUAUCGCAAAACGCGGUUAGCGAAGUUACACAGCAGGCAAAACGGCGGCUCACUGCUCAACGAGCUUGGCGGCCUCGGUUGAGAGCGGUCGACGACGGCGCACGCUACAGCGAGCAGCGCGCGUCCUUCGCAGGCCUUUUGAAACUCGCUCUGUGGAGCGACAGGCAGGACAGCGCUCAUUUCACGGGACUACGGAGGCCACGGUAAUCAUUUGGGAAGACAAUGUGGCCGCGGCAAUACGCGCUCUGUCCGCCGAGAUGAUGCGACGGCAAUCCUCCCGCCGAAAAAGGACCGUACAAAAAGGAAGAAGAGCAGCUGAAUGUUGACCAUAUGGGCGAGUAAUACUGGUAACUUCCCACAACAUUUGAAUUAUGUGCGCGACACAGUUUGGAAGCGUGCACGAUGAAUUAUGGACGCGAGUGCCCGCCCUAAUUAUGUAUCGAUGCGUCUCCCUCGGCGUUCUCAAGUGCCGGUCGCGUCGGUCGCUUCGAUUGCAAAGAGGCACCGGACGAGUUGUCAAGCGUGCCGUCUCUAACGGCCGCCUCGCUGUCCACGCUGUACUGAUGUGGUGUCAAAACAAGCGUUAAUUUUGAAACUUGAAUUAUUAAUUAUGUGCCGCAGUGUGUUGGAAUUCCAGUGAAAAUUGAAACUAAUGGCAUGCCUUAUUCAUGGCGACGUCAACCAUAAAUAUCAAUGCCCUUGUAACUCAGGCGGACUGUGAUUGGGGGUAACUUGGUUAAGUGAGUAGCCGCCGUUAAGAUUAACCGCAGUUGAGGUCGCCCGUGUAACAAGGGUAUAAGAGUGUCGUAAUUGUUUCUGAACGACGGAAACGGAGUCACAUUAAAAUUGGAACAAUCGCAUCGUUCGUUUUUUUUUUAAUUUGAACACUCGCUUGAAAGUAGAAGCGACCGCCGGUCAAUGGCAUACCUUGUGAUUUCCUGCGCCGUUUUUGUUUCGAUAUUUCACGGUAUGCGUCGGUGGUACAUCCGAUAUUGUUUCUGUUACUUGUGCGCGUCCACGGGUGUGCGUCGGCGCAGGUUCUCUCUGUGACGACAUGACGACGGCCGGACAGGCGCCGCCAAGCUGUGCGACGCAACGCAGUACGACCUCAGGUGCCAAAGGGGGCUUUUCUCGAGAUGCCGGCAGCCGUUGCGUAAGCAGAAGUACAGCCUUUGCAAGCUUCUGCCUGGCUUUGGGACAUUGGCGCUGGUUUUUGUGUUUCAGGGUUGAUGUGACCUUGACUAAAGAAUCACGAGAAAAUGUCUUGUAUACCGCAUAUAAAACCAUUUAUUAUGAUGUCCGGCGGCCAAAUGAGCAAAGUACAUGUCAUGUUUGUGCACCUUGCAUGUCUCUGAAACUGCUCUCAAUGUGAAUCAUGUGUGUUCCACGACCCUGACAACGAUGUGAAGCAUAUGAAUAAUAAAUGGUUCUGGGUCAACAA